UCGGCCAUCUUGGGAAGUACUUCCUGAAUCACCGGUUCCAUAAACAGUUUUAAAACUUCUUCUGCGUUAAGAAUAUUAAUCGUUUCGUUAGGCCACAGUCAUGGCUAACCGACUUCCAGCCGUUGUUAUUGACAAUGGCACUGGUUACACAAAGAUGGGGUUCGCGGGUAACACAGAGCCACAAUUUAUCAUGCCGUCGGCCAUUGCCAUCAAGGAAGCUGCGGGAGUUGGUGAGCAGGCCACACGACGACUCGGGAAGGGUGUCGAAGAUUUAGAUUUUUACAUCGGCGACGAAGCACUAAAUCAGCCAGCUUACUCGGUGAAGUGGCCAAUUCGACAUGGUAUUGUGGAAGACUGGGAUCUGAUGGAGAGAUUUAUCGAGCAGGCCAUCUUUAAAUAUCUACGAGCAGAGCCAGAGGAUCACUACUUCUUACUGACUGAACCUCCACUCAACACACCAGAAAACCGCGAGUACACAGCAGAGAUAAUGUUUGAAUCUUUUAACGUCCCCGGUCUCUAUAUCGCUGUACAGGCUGUUCUUGCUUUAGCUGCGUCGUGGACGUCUCGUCAAGUUGGGGACCGAACUCUGACGGGGACGGUCAUAGAUUCUGGAGACGGCGUUACCCAUGUUAUUCCAGUGGCGGAAGGCUACGUGAUCGGCAGCUGUAUCAAACACAUUCCAAUCGCCGGCCGUGACAUCACGUAUUUCAUCCAGCAGCUGUUGAGAGACCGUGAGGUGGGAAUCCCUCCAGAACAGUCCCUCGAGACUGCUAAAGCUAUCAAGGAGAAGUUCAGCUACGUGUGUCCGGAUAUUGCGAAGGAGUUUGCCAAGUACGACCAGGACCCGGGAAAGUGGAUGAAGAAGUACGAGAGUAUCAAUGCCAUCACUAAACAGAUUUUCUCCGUAGACGUCGGCUACGAGCGAUUUCUCGGACCAGAGAUCUUCUUCCAUCCAGAGUUUGCCAAUCCUGACUUCACAGUGCCAAUUUCAGACAUUGUCGGUGACGUCAUUCAGAACUGUCCGAUAGAUGUACGGCGUGGAUUGUAUAAAAAUAUUGUUCUGUCAGGAGGAUCAACAAUGUUCCGAGAUUUCGGCCGCAAGUUGCAGCGUGACAUUAAGAGGAUUGUUGAUGCCAGGUUGAAAGUAAGCGAGGAGCUGAGUGGAGGAAGAAUCAAGCCUAAGCCUAUAGAAUGUACGGUGAUCUCCCAUCAUAUGCAGAGAUAUGCUGUGUGGUUUGGAGGAAGUAUGCUAGCAUCAACGCCCGAGUUUUACCAAGUAUGUCACACGAAAGCCGACUACGAUGAACACGGUCCCAGCAUCUGUCGUCACAACCCUGUGUUUGGAACGAUGACGUAGACGUCUGUGAUGCUGAUGUAAACACUCAUUUUAACAAUCGAACAAUUCUCGCAAUGUUGUAUCAAACUGUCAACAUGGUUUCUUAUGGAACAAAAUGACCGGAAGGAAAAAUGAAAGAAAUUUGAAAUUAAAAAAAAAAAGGCCUUUGUAUGCAUAUAUGGGAAUUUCACUUUUAUUAAGCUUUCCUUUCUAUUACUAGCUAAAUAUUUCACAUUCUGAUACUGAAUUGUGCUGACAAUGUGUGGCCUUUUUACGUUAGGUGAGAUGAAAAUGAAAGAAAUUCAUUUUUAAAAUUAAUACAUGUAUUAUCAAAUAUAGGAUUUUAUUUUACAGUGCAGGUUUUUUUUGUUUUUGAUUUUUUACAUGCCAAAUACUGAAUAGUCCUGUCAAUUUUUUUUUAUUAUUAUUAGUUUUAUUUUUUUACUGAGGGAAUAAUUAUAAGUAAAUGAAAGAAUAUUCAAAAUAGAUUCAUAGAAUAUAUCCACAUACAUAAUUAUGCAAAUGGUAAUUUAUUAUGGCCUCUUUCUUCGUACUAGCUAAAUAUUUCUUAUUGCUGCUAUCAUGUUGUUAAGUCCAGUCAUUGUUGUUACUGGAAGAAUGAACUGCUAAACAUGUUAUAAAUAAAAGUAUACGCAAAUACGGUAUUCUCUCUUUAUUACUAGCCAACUAUUCUUCAUUGCUUUUAUCACACGGUGCUGUUAAUUAUUUUGUUGCUGAAAGAAAGAAUUGAAAGAACUUUAGAUUGUACAAGAAAUACCCAGCCAACCUAUUUCUAAUUGUUAGCAUUGAUUGUUAUUAUAAAAAGUCAACAUUAGUUUGUAUUUGUGUAAUUCGGUAUCAAUUUGUAUAUGCCGAAAAGCUUUUGGUCAUGUAACUGUGUUUUAUAAAGACACGUGUAUAUAAGAAAAAUAUUUUAUUAUCAAUAAUACAAUGUAGUUUUAGAGGUACAUGUUUGUUCAUGUUUGGAAAUCGCACUAGUUAAUGUCUCAAAAUUUCAACUUGUCAAGAAAGUAUGCUACUAAUAUGGUGCAGGUGAAAAGAUAGAUUAUAGAGUUAAAAAUAAUGGACCGUUAUAAUUGAGGGCAUACAUUAGAUGUACAGGACUAAAGGUUUGAACGAAGAUACUGCUAAUAUCGUCUCUUUUUAAGGCCUGUAUAGAAAUGACUUAGCCAGAAAGUGUGUGCUAUGUUGACAAAGGGAACAUGUACCUAGUUUUUAUAUAUUAGUGUGAGGCUUUGAUUUACUUCUCGACUGAUGACUACCAAAUGAUUGUAACAUACUAGAAAUAAACAUUUCAUAUACAAAUCUG